AACACUUCCUGUAACGGAACGGCUUUCUUAUGUCAACGCAAACAAAACUAUGUCAAAAUUAAUUCUAAAUUUCGUGUAAAAACAACAACAAAAUCACACAACAAUUUAUGUGCAGCAAUCCAUGUGCUCCUUUUAUUUGUGUAUAUAAUAAAGAAACGUCGUGAUGGCUGAAAAGUCUAAUGAAUCAAGUCCAAGCGAGCCUGCCAGUACUCCGAGACAGGAGGACAAACCGUCUGGCAACUGGUGGGACACUUGGAUAUCUUCCGCUAAGUCCAAGUCGGCAGAAGUGUAUACGAUGGUGAAGAAGGACCUAGACGAAAUAGGCACGGCUGUCAAGAGCGAGGCCAGCCAUGUGUUUAGUACCACGUCUAAUGUCAUUGGGAAGACUUUGAAGUUGGAUGUACCAGAGUCGCCAGCGAAUGUUAUGAAGAAAAGUCUGAGCAGCUUCAUUGGGCAAGUAAGCACAGUGCUGAAUCCAGAACCUGAUGACGAUGAUGACACAGAGGUGAUCCUGUCUUCUGGGGACACCACCAUGCUGUCCACUUACAAGAAAGAACUAGAAGCUCUCCAACGCGUGGACGCGACGUUCAUAGUGCCGGCGUAUAGCGCGGAGUUCGAGGCCUGGCGUGGCAGCCUCGAGUCCUCCGAGGCCGGCCUCAUCAGCCUACACGCUGCAGCCAAGCGCCUCGACGCCAGUCCCACCCUCAAAGCCCAGUACGAAAAACUUGUGCCUGAUGCCGUUUCUCAUGACGAUUUUUGGGAAAGGUAUCUAUUCCGCGUGGCGUUGCUGCAGGAUAGGCUGGCGGCGGCGUCCCGCAAGCAGCCGCAGGAGGAGCCCUCCACGGACCCCGUACUGGCGCACCUGCCCAUGCAGGCCCCCGCACCCGUUGUACAGAGCCCUAAGAAAGUACUGUCAGGCUUGGAAGACGAGAAGCCGUUCGAAGCACCCGAAAUGGACAACGUGGUCGCUUGGGAAGACGAAGACUUCGCCCACGACGUGGAACUAACAGAAGAACAGCAAACUCUACUUCUAGAAGAAUACGAGAGAGAGAUUGCAAGUAAGAAGACCAAACAAACAUGUACCCGGGACAUAGCCAACAACAACACAGAUAAAACAACGAGCACAGAUAAUAAAAAAACAAAAACCGCACAAACCAGAGACAAGAUGAACAAUAAGACUGCAAACAAAAAUGGCAGGUCACCGAAAAAGACGCCAAAGGCUGACGUUUGUGGAAAUAAUUUAGUCGAAGAUUAUUUCGGUGAUAAAGAAGUGAAAGAUGACGCUAGCGCCAAUUCCGACGAAAGUUGGGAGAAGGAAUUUGAAAUUGAUGACGUAGUUGAGCAAAAAGCAUGAAGUGAUCCGGCCAUAUUGUAAAGUAAGGAUAAUAUAAUAGUCUGGGUACAUUGUGCGUCGCGAUAUAUUAUCAAACCAGCCUUAAAAAUAGUACCGCCUCUUCUAAAUUGAGUCUUAUGUCAAUUGCAUAUAGCUCAUAAUAAAUUUAUUUACAUUAUGGAAUCGGUCGGAGAAUUUGUUAUCCGUAUGUCGUUUACACAAAGUUCAAUAUAGCGUUACGCAUAAUGUUCCAUAAAGCCCGCAGCGCACAUUACAAGCUUUUGCGUUAAGUCUGGGAAUAUUCGUUUUACAUUUUCCUCAAAAGUAAACCUUAUUACCGCUGUACAUGGUUCGAUUUCGACAGCUACUUGUUUUAAGAUCAUUUUUAUUGUAAAAUCAACCAAGCUCUAGUAACUAUA